CGGCCUAACCGGUUUGGGUUGCGGGAGGUGGGCGGGGGAGGAGCGUGGUGGGCAGGCGGGGCCGGGAGGCGGGUGGGGCCGGCCUAGAGGCCGGGCCAUGCAGGGCUCAGAGGCGGGUGGAGCGCUUCUGAGACCCGGCUCUGCGCGCCGAGGGGAGGCUGAUGCCCCCCGCACUCCCCACUUGGCUGCCGCAGCGAGGGCGCAUCUGGACUGAGCACCGCGCCGCCAGGCCGACUUCAGGCCACAAUGCUGCUUGGGGCAUCUCUGGUGGGGGUACUGCUGUUCUCCCAGCUGGUGCUGAAACUACCCUGGACCCAGGUGGGGUUCUCCCUGCUGCUUCUUUACCUGGGGUCUGGCGGCUGGCGCUUCAUUCGGAUCUUUUUCAAGACCAUCAGGCGCGAUAUCUUCGGUGGCUUGGUGCUCCUGAAGGUGAAGGCAAAGGUGCGGCGGUACCUGCAGGAAAAGCGGACGGUGCCCACUUUGUUUGCCUCUAUGGUACGGCGCCACCCUGACAAGACAGCCUUGAUAUUUGAGGGCACAGACACCCACUGGACCUUCCGCCAGCUGGAUGACUACUCGAACAGCGUGGCCAACUUCCUGCAGACCUGGGGCCUGGCCUCCGGUGAUGUGGCUGCCCUAUUCAUGGAGAACCGCAACGAGUUCGUGGGCCUGUGGCUGGGCAUGGCCAAGCUGGGUGUGGAGGCGGCACUCAUCAACACCAACCUCCGUCGGGAUGCCCUGUGCCACUGUCUGACCACCUCCCAGGCACGGGUCCUCAUCUUUGGUAGUGAGAUGGCCCCAGCGAUCGGUGAGAUCCAUGCCAGCCUGGACCCCUCAUUGAGCCUCUUCUGCUCCGGCCCCUGGGAACCCAGUGAGGUGCCCCCCAGCACGAAGUACCUGGACCGCCUGCUGGAAGAUGCCCCCAAACACCUGCCCACUGCCCCUGACAAAGGCUUCACAGAUAAGCUCUUCUAUAUCUACACAUCAGGCACCACUGGGUUGCCCAAAGCUGCCAUCGUGGUGCAUAGCAGAUAUUACCGCAUGGCUGCGCUGGUGUACUACGGAUUCCGCAUGCGGCCGGAUGACAUUGUCUAUGACUGUCUCCCCCUCUACCACUCAGCAGGAAACAUCGUGGGAAUAGGGCAAUGCUUGCUCCACGGCAUGACAGUGGUGAUCCGGAAGAAGUUUUCAGCCUCCCGAUUCUGGGACGAUUGUGUCAAGUACAACUGUACAAUUGUGCAGUACAUCGGCGAGCUGUGCCGCUACCUCCUCAACCAGCCACCCCGGGAGGCGGAAAACCAGCACAAGGUGCGCAUGGCAAUAGGUAACGGCCUCCGGCAGUCCAUCUGGACCAACUUUUCCAGCCGCUUCCACAUCCCCCAGGUGGCUGAGUUCUACGGAGCCACUGAGUGCAACUGCAGCCUGGGCAACUUCGACAGCCAGGUAGGGGCCUGUGGCUUCAACAGCCGCAUCCUGUCCUUUGUGUAUCCCAUCCGGCUGGUACGUGUCAAUGAGGACACCAUGGAGCUGAUCCGGGGGCCUGAUGGCAUCUGCAUUCCCUGCCAGCCAGGCGAGCCAGGCCAGUUGGUGGGCCGCAUCAUCCAGAAGGACCCCCUGCGCCGCUUCGAUGGCUACCUCAACCAGGGUGCCAACAACAAGAAGAUUGCCAAUGAUGUCUUCAAGAAGGGGGACCAGGCCUACCUCACUGGUGAUGUGUUGGUGAUGGAUGAGCUGGGCUACCUGUACUUCCGAGACCGCACAGGGGACACGUUCCGCUGGAAGGGGGAGAAUGUGUCUACCACCGAGGUAGAAGGCACACUCAGCCGCCUGCUGGACAUGGCUGACGUGGCAGUGUAUGGUGUGGAGGUGCCAGGAACUGAGGGCCGAGCUGGAAUGGCUGCUGUGGCCAAGCCAAUUGGCAGCUGUGAUCUGGAGCACUUUGCAAAGGUCCUGGAGAAGGAGCUGCCCCUGUAUGCCCGCCCCAUUUUCCUGCGCUUCCUGCGUGAACUGCACAAGACAGGGACCUAUAAAUUCCAGAAGACAGAGCUACGGAAGGAAGGCUUUGACCCAAUUGUUGUAAAAGACCCACUGUUCUAUCUGGACAGCCGGAAGGGCCGUUACAUCCCACUGGACCAAGAAGCCUACAUCCGCAUCCAGGCAGGCGAAGAGAAGCUGUGAUUUGCCCCUGCACCCCUCUGAGGGCCGGUGGAUGCUGGAUCCAGAGCCCCAGCUCCUGCCUCAGAGGGGUCUUGGGUAAUGCCAGACCAAAGCAAGCAGGGCCCAGCACCUCCACCCCGAGGUGCUCUCCCCCUCCCCUGAAAACUGCCAAGUGACUCACUGCCACCUCCCCAACCCCGACUGAGGUUUUCUGUGAAAGCCUCAUGUCCAUGUUAUGUCUUCGAGGCCAGAGGGGCCUCCCUCAGGAUGAUCUUUUGAGUCAGGGCAGGAAGGGGUGGCAGGGUCACCAAGCUCUCCCAGAGAGCAGGCACUUGUAAAUGGGACCAGGGCGAAAGCCCCCAGACUCAGGAAGCCAGCAGAGUGGGCAGGGGCAGCAGUGGUCCAGCUGAUCAGGUGGCC